CCACUCUCCUUUUGUACACACCCAGUGAAUGGCCUUUAGAUGGGGCUUUGUGGGAAUGAUUGUCAGUGGCUUAAUGAGCGUCUUUGCCAAGCUAGAGGCUUUGGCAACAUAUGUGACUACAGUGGCUGUGUUUCCCUGUCUCCACUCUGGAUGACACAACACACACAACGGACGCAGCACUCUCCUCUUUUUUUUUUUUUUUUUCCUUCCGGCGUAAAUUAGAUUUUGCCUAACACAUGGUUUCCUUUUCUUCUUUCGGAUGUUAUUACCUGGAAUGGAAUACUGGCGUCUCUCAUGGGGACCACAGAGCUGAAAACCGAGUAAAAUCUUGUACAUGUUCAGCGCUGCGCCGGAGAAAUGAACUGAGGACGCACCGGAGAUCAACGCUUUCUUGAGGAAAUCUUGAGAUUGGGAAAACAACAACAACAACAAAAAAAAGCAAAAACAAAAAAAAAAAAGCAUCAUGAGGUUGCAGCUGAGGAGAAUAUUCGCCGCCGCUUUAGGCUUGGUCACCUGCAUUUGUGCCUUUUCUACGACUUCAGCCUUUGACAUCCCACUGGAGGUCGAACAGCUGCCCACCAUCACCGCCCAGUCGCCCACCUCCCUCAUCGCCUUCCCCUUCGACGAGAGCUUCUCUGUGACGUGUGAAGCCAAAGGGAAUCCACAACCAGAAUUCAGAUGGACAAAGAAUGGGCAGGAAUUCGACCCCUUUUUAGACCCCCGUCUGAUGAAAGAGGAGAAUUCUGGGACUUUUGUGAUUCCAAAUAAUGGGAACCUCACUGAGUACCAGGGAACCUAUCGCUGUUACGCCACCAAUAAACUGGGGACGGCCAUAUCCAAGGAGAUUGAGUUCAUUGUGCCCCAUGUUCCAAAGUUUCCGAAAGAAACUCUUGAUCCGGUCGUGGUUGAAGAAGGCCAACCCUUCACUCUGAAAUGUAACCCACCGAAAGGAAUCCCACCUCUGCAGAUCUACUGGAUGACGCUCAAUCUGCAGCACAUCGAACAGGACGAGCGCGUGUCCAUGGGUCUGAACGGUGACCUUUACUUCUCCCACGCAGAGGAGAAGGACAGUAGGAGAGACUACUGCUGCUUCGCCGCCUUCCCUCGAAUACGAACCAUCGUGCAGAAAACCGCCAUGUCUGUCGUCGUCAAGACAAAAAAGUCAAGUCCAGAAACAGCCAAUGCCAUCCUGCAGAGAGGACCUGCUCUACUGACGCCCCCUGGUGUCAAAUCAGAGAAACGUCUGGUCAAAGGAGAAGACCUGAAACUGGAGUGCAUCGCUGAGGGAAUUCCGACUCCAGAGGUCGAGUGGAUGAGAGUAGCUCAUGAACUCCCCCAAAAAGCGCAAGUGGAAAGUCACGGGAAGCUGCUCAUCAUCCCCCGAGCCGAGCAGGAGGACAGUGGGAAGUAUCUGUGUAAGGCCAAGAACCGGCUGGGAGAGGCCGUCCAUUACUUCACAGUGACCGUGGAAGAGCCUCCAGAGUGGGUGUUCGAGCCCGAGAGUCAGCUCAGUAUGAUCGGCAACAACGUGCUGAUAAAGUGUUCGGCCACUGGGAGUCCUCAGCCGACGAUAACGUGGAAGGUCAACGGCGUUCCUCUGCACGAGUCGCCCUCAGCCAACAGGAGGGUAUUUGACGACACGAUAGUUUUGCAUAACGCCAAAGAGUCCGACAGCGCCGUCUACCAGUGUGAGGCCUCCAACAAACACGGGACCCUGCUGUCCAACGCCAACAUCAUGAUUAUGAAUCUGGCACCCAUGAUUUUGACCAAUGAGGGGGAGGAUUACUGGGCCGUGGAGGGGAAGGGGGUGACCAUGCACUGCAGGGUCUUCAGCUCUCCUCCGUCCACCAUCACCUGGAGCAAAGAUGACUCCUCCGAGUCGUUGGAGGGUCCGAGAUUUACCGUUCAUGACAACGGGUCGCUGGAGAUCUACGGCGUGGAAAAAAGCGACACAGGACAGUACACGUGUUACGCCAAGAACACGGAGGGUUCAUCUGCCGUCGACGCCAUGCUCUACGUGAAAGAUCCCACCAGAAUAGUGUCGGCCCCAGAGGACCAGCAGAUCUUAAUAGGUACCACGGCCCAGCUCUCAUGCCUGGCAGAGUACGACAAGUCCUUCAGCAACGACUUUGAGCUCCUGUGGGAAAAAGAUGAUAUGGAGAUCGGCCUCAACUACACUGACAAUUCAAGCAGAUACCUGAUGGAGGAUGGAGUUCUUCAGAUUGUCAAUGUGAGCCACGGGGACGCUGGAGUGUACACGUGCGUGGCGAGGACGCCGGUGGACCGUGACGCGGCAUCGGCGGUGCUGGUGGUGUUGGACGUCCCUGAUGCACCUGAGAACUUGGUUCUGUCUGAACAUAAGAGCAAAAGUGUGAAACUGAAAUGGAUCCCAGGAGACGAUCACAACAGCUCAACCACAGAGUUUAUUAUCCAGUACGAGGAAAGCCAGUGGGAGCCUGGAAACUGGAAGGAGAUGCUCCGAGUUCCUGGGAAUCUCAACUGGGCCGAGCUCAAGCUCCACGGUCAUGUCGACUACCGCUUCCGCGUGUCUGCCGUCAACGCCGUGGGGAGGGGUCGUCCCAGCGAACCCACGGAGAGAUACAAAACCCCCCCAGCAGCGCCUGACAAGAACCCUGAAAAUAUCAAAAUCGAAGGUCAUUUGCCACAUGAAAUGGAUAUCAACUGGGAGCCCUUGUUACCCAUCGAACACAACGGCCCUGGGCUGGAGUACAAGGUGAGCUACCGGCGCCAGGACCUACAGGACGGAUGGACCGAGCACAUGGUGAAGAGACACUCCUUUGUGGUCAAGAACACGCCCACCUUCGUCCCCUACGAAAUCAAGAUCCAAGCCAGGAACCACCAGGGCUGGGGGCCCGAGCCCAAGAUAGUGACGGGUUACUCUGGAGAAGACUCUUUCUUUUGGACUUGCCCUCAGGAGGUCACCUCAGUUCCCUCUGCAGCGCCGGAUGAUGUUGCUGUGGAGGUGAUGAACAGCUCCGUGGUCAAGGUUAGCUGGACGCGUAUACACAAGGACAAGUUACAUGGACAUCUGGGAGGCUACAGGAUAAACUGGUGGCGUCUGCGCAGCCUGGUGGAUCAGAAGAAACACCACGGAGACAAACACACCCUGAGCGUCCCCGGGGACCGAGUCCACGCCACCGUACCGGGGCUGACUCCGUUCUCCGAGUACAGCCUCAUCGUCAUGACCUUCAACGGGCGGGGCAACGGGCCCGGCAGCCAUCCCGUCAACUUCAAAACCCCAGAGGGAGUCCCUGAGAAAAAUCCUGUUUUCAGGGUCACAGACGUACAGAAGCACACAGUGGCGUUGGCGUGGGCGCCGCCGUCGGAGCCUAAUGGGAUUCUCACCGGAUUCCUCCUGGAGUACCAGCUCAUCAAUGACACAGAAGAAGUGGGGCCUGUGCAGACGGUAAACAUCAGCAACACCGACACCACCAAGUGGAUCCUACGAGACCUGGAGGCCGUGAGCAAAUACAAGUUCUACCUGCGAUCCUGCACGGCGAAGGGCUGCGGGCCCGUCGUCAGCGAGGAAUGCACCACCGCACUGGAAGCAACUCCCACUUUGGCUUCCACUGUUGGCAUCAGCAAGUCAGCCUCCCCCUCACCUCCAAGCACCACAAAGUCCCCAGUGACCAAACCCACUCGUUCCACCAUAGAUCUGGCCAGCAUCCACGGAGGAAUAUCCACCCAGGGCUGGUUUAUCGGGCUGAUGUGUGCCAUCGCUCUCCUCACACUCAUUGUGUUGAUCGCCUGCUUUGUCAACAGAAACAAAGGAGGAAAGUAUUCCGUAAAAGAAAAAGAAGACCUUCACCCAGACGUGGAGUCCCAGGGCAUGAAUGACGACACAUUUUGUGAAUACAGCGACAACGAUGAGAAGCCGCUGAAGGGCAGCCAACACUCGCUGAGCCGAGAGAUCAAAGCGGGGGACAGCGGGGACAGCCUGGUGGACUACGGCGACGAGGACGCACACUUCAACGAGGACGGCUCCUUCAUUGGCGAAUACGCCGGACGCAAGGAGAAGAGAGUGUCCGCCGAGAUCAAAGCCACCGUCCAGACCCCGGCGUGAAGACCAUAGACCGCCGGACGCCAUUUUUACAUCACGACGCCACCUGCUGGGAACGACACACGAAAGAAACAACAGACAUUCCCCAUAUUGAGCACAAGUUUGGUGUAACGCGUCAUCGCCGAAUGCACACUGCCAUUCCUCAUUUUCUACAUUUUCUGGGUUUUGUCAAGUUGCUACAGGACGACCAUUAUUAAAUACUGUGUAUAUAUAGUGUAUAUUGUACGUGCGGAGUGUCUUUUGUUUAUUAUAAUUAUUAUCAUACGACAAAUUUAGAGGGAUUGGACUUUGUUUUUGUUUUGUUUUUGUUUUUUUAAUUUCCGUUACUUCUGCAGCAGUACAGUUUGUAAAAAUGCUAGGAAAAUGUCAUCCCCCUUCGCACAUCAUUAUUUGCAGCUUCGCCUCUGAUGUCAGACCAGAACCGCCAACACAAGGGGAUAUCGAGCUGAUAUUUUUCAAUUGGAGCAAAACUUACUGACCUUUUCUAUGAAAUGAAAUGUAUUCAUUAAAUAUGAUGUAAGAUGUGUACAGAGGUUGCCUAUUAACUUAUUUUUUCCAGUGGUUUUAUAUACAUGACAGAAUAACAAGGGAAAUUUACAUAUCAUGACAUAUCAUAAACCCUCGAGUUAUAAAUGAUCCCGUAACGGUAGAACCAAGUAUGAUUUAGUUAUUAUUAUUAUUAUUGUUUAUAAUCAUUUAGCUCCACUGGACAGUCUAUAUGAUGAUAAAACCCUCACUGUGUCCUUUACAUCCCACUCCAGAACCAGAUCUGGAACAUUUAAUCCAAUAUUGGCAGCUCUUUUAUUAUUUUUUAGCACCUGUAGUGUAAAUUAGAAACCCUCUUUUUUUUUAUUCGGAUAUAUAUUCGGAAUUUAAUCACGCUUUGUAAUUACAUUUUGAGGUAAAAAUAUGAAGUAUAAUUGUAAUUAAAUACAAAUAAUAAGCCGUGUUUCCACCUGAAGAACCUGGAAUUUUAAGGUGGUCUACGAUUGUUAUUUUUGUGUAAAUUUUUUGCUAAUUUUUCCGAAACGGCAAGAAAUAUAUGCAUGUGUAAAAGUAGAGAUUCACAUGGCAGCCAAUUAGAGCCGAGCAGAGACUGUUUUUCACUCAAAUAAAAUCUUUAGAACGUAAUUUAGUGGCGUUAAUUCACACUGAAGUUUCCUGGUUCCUGUGGUGGAAACACUGCUAUCGAUAAAAUAUUUCAUUUGCAAGUGUUUGGUAUUUUUACUGUCGCUGUCAGUACAAUUUCUUUGUAUUUCAAUUGCAUAUUCACAUUAUACACGUUCAUUUUUAUCGUCCUUUUGGUGGUUUAGACAUAGAAUGUUGCAGAAAUGAGUCGUAAAACCUGGAAAUGAACGAGUAUUUUGCACUUCCAAGUCUCCUCGUCCUAAAGUCAAUGAGUUUUUGGUUAAAAAA